UUUACAUUUGCAUAGCCCAUUCCCAACUUCCAGAAGUUUCUUUUCCAUGGUCUAUAAAGGCCAGAGAAAAAACUGUAGGAUCAGUCAACAGACGAGCGAACCCAAAGAGUGAGGGCUGAGAGAGAUCGUGCAAAACGCUGCCAGAAUGAAAAACGAAAACCUUGACAUCAGUAUGAAAACAUUUCAAGGUAUCCCAAGAGAAUGAUACUUCUAUAGCUGCUCAACAACCAGAAGACAGAAAGGAUGUGGGUAACCAACGUAGUAGUUCUGUGCCUCCUGGCCGUUGCGGCCUCCGGAGAAGACAAGAAGAAGCUGAGCAGCCAUGCCACCACCAUGGCUGACAAGAGCGCCAACCUGGCCUUCAGCCUCUACCACACGGUGGCCAAGGAGAAGGGCCUUGACAACAUCCUGAUAUCCCCUGUGGUGGUGGCCUCCUCCCUUGGCAUGGUGGCUCUCGGGGGCAAGGCUUCCACCGCCUCCCAGGUCAAGUCUGUCCUCAGCGCUGAUGCCCUGAAGGAUGAGCACCUGCACACAGGCCUGUCAGAGCUCCUGACUGAGGUCAGCGACCCCAAGACCCGGAACGUCACAUGGAAGAUCAGUAACCGCCUCUACGGCCCCAGCUCGGUCACCUUCGCCGACAACUUUGUGAAGAGCAGCAAGAAGCACUACAACUAUGACCACUCGAAGAUCAACCUCAGGGACAAGAGGAGCGCAGUGAACUCCAUCAACGAAUGGGCGGCCAAGUCGACAGACGGCAAGCUGCCUGAGAUCACCAAGGAUGUGCAGAAUGCUGACGGAGCAACGAUCGCCAACGCUAUGUUCUUCAAGCCUCACUGGGAUGAGAAGUUCCAUGAGAAGAUGGUAGACAACCGUGGCUUCCUGGUGACCCGUUCAUUCACAGUCUCUGUUCCCAUGAUGCAUCGCACCGGUCUCUAUAAGUUCCAUGAUGACACAGAGAACAGGUUGUUUGUGCUGGAUAUGCCACUGGGCCAGAAGCAGUCCAGCCUGGUGUUCAUCAUGCCCUAUCACCUGGAACCCCUUGACAGGCUGGAGAAGCUGCUGACCCGCAAGCAGCUGGAAACAUGGAUGGGCAAGAUGGAGGAGAGGGCCGUGGCCAUCUCUCUGCCCAAAGUCAGCAUGGAGGUUAGCCACAACCUCCAGAAAACUCUUGGUGAACUUGGUCUGACCGACGCUGUGGACAAAACCAAGGCCGAUCUGUCCAACAUCUCCGGCAAGAAGGACCUGUACCUCUCCAACGUGUUCCACGCCUCUUCAAUGGAGUGGGACAUCGAGGGGAACCCCUUCGACACCAGCAUCUUCGGAAGUGAGAAGCUGAGGAACCCCAAGUUGUUCUAUGCUGACCAUCCCUUCAUCUUCCUGGUGAAGGACAACAAGACCAACUCCAUCCUCUUCAUCGGCAGAAUGGUGCGACCCAAAGGAGACAAGAUGCGUGACGAGUUGUAAUAGUUAAUGGACAGUUUGAGAGAUACGGUUACUGAUUGAAUCAUGCCAGGAAAUAGUAUGUGUAUUAUGGUUUGACUGUUACCCCAAGAACACAUUCCAAUAGGGCAUCUGUGGACUGAAUAUCUAGACCUACUAUUGUAUCAGACACAUUAAGCACUCCCAGGGAACAGGAGUAUAUACGUUCAAAUAAAUGCUGUUUGGCCUUUACAAUGCGCCAUAAUCAAUAACAUUGUCAGUCUGCAUUUCAAUACAUUUCAGGAAAAAUCUGAACACCACAAGUGCCUUUUUAGAGUACCUGAACAUUGAAUAGCAGACGACCCGACAGCAUGCUUAUAUUAAGUAUGAUCUCUCUGAUUUUUGCCUUCCAUAAAAUCAGACAUUUUCCACCAUUCUUUUCACCAGCAUUGGUUUGGCUUCUCUCUCUUAUUGGGUUUGUGAUAUGCGUGAUUAGUUGCAUUAUCUUUAAUGUUUAAAGAGAAAAAGGUUUGUUGCACAAGUGUACUACAAGCUAAUUUCAUGUCAUACUAUUUUCCACUUUCCACCCUGCAAAUGACAUUUCUCAUGCUUUCAGUUGUUUUUGCCUCCCAGCUGCACUGAAACUGUUCCUCUGCAGUCUUUGAUUUGAUUGAAUGAUCUAUGCCGUUUGUCAACCAAACUGUAUGACUGUUGUAGGCAUUUACCACUAAACCUUGGACUGUUGCCAUAAUACAAUGUGGUGUCCUUUUUGACUCUUUCUUUCUUUUUUUCAAUAAAAAGAAACCUAAAAUAAA